GUCUGUGUGUUUGUCUGUGUGUCUGUGUGUAAGUGUGUGUGUCUGUGUGUCUGUGUGUCUGUCUGUGUGUAAGUGUGUGUGUGUCUGUGUGUAAUUGUGUGUGUCUGUGUGUAAGUGUGUGUCUGUCUGUGUGUGUGCUUUUAUUAUAGCGUGUCAUCUCCUGCCUCCUCGGGCUGCAUACCUGUUGAAUAACUGCCCAAGAGGUGAGGCCUCUGCCUUUGCAUGCAGGUAACCGAGGGCAAUGGGACAGGAAGUGACACGGAAGAAGAUACUCUUUACCUCAGAAUUCUGGUUCUGCCAUUUGUUGUGCAAGUUGUGACAGGGAUGUGUUGAAAGGGCAUAAAGCAGACUGAACUUUCACUGUAAAUCCACACACCUGAAGAGAAGACGAGCUGGAGUUCACUGGACGGCUACAACACACUUAGAAAAAGCACAAGAUGUCAGGACCAAAACAGACUGUGAGGGACUCCACCACUCUGGUUGCAGUGCUCCUCCUCCUCCUCCUCCUCUCCACAGGGAUUCAGUCAGCAAAACAUUCAGACAAACUUCAACCAACACAAUGGACACUCAGCCCGGAUCUUGCAGAACCCAAAAUCUCCACGCUGCCUGUAAACGGUAGUGACAUGGAGGAACGUCGUGUUCUGCGGAUGUCAAGAUCCUGUAAACAUAGGGAUUCUGACUACUGCCUGAACGGACAGUGCAUGUACCCCCCUGACAGCGAUACCCCUGCCUGCAUGUGUGAUGCUUCCUAUAGCGGCGCUCGCUGUGGUCUGUUGGUCCACCAGGCGACACUGUACAAGUCAGCCACAACAGAGGAGGUGAUUGCCAUCUGCGUGGGCGUGGCCAUGUUAGUGUGCUGCCUCGCUGUCGGUCUCUACUGCUGCAUCAAGAGAAGGUGUGAAAAACAGCCCCUUCUCUACAAGACCUACGGUGGCUCGGAGAACUCUGUUUGAGCUCCGUCUUCAUCAUCUCCACCAUCAUCAUCAUCAUCUUCAUCAGCAUCAUAAUUACCAUCAUCAUCACCACCACCAGCAACCUCGUCUUGUUUUGCUGUCCCAAACAAUUCCAUAACCAUAUAUUGACCACAAUGUCUUCCCAUAUCAUAUCAAAUUGAGGCUAUUUAUUGAUAUAUCUAAAAUAAGUUAUAAUUUUUUUUUUUUUAUGUGUAAAUGUAUUUAAUGUGUUUAUUUUUGUUGUGUGUGUAACAAAUGUCUUUCAAAUCCGAUCACUAUUGUCUGAAGAUUGAUUUUCAUAAAGGAGUCAACAUCACUAUUGUACGGGCAGGUCUACACGUUACCUCAUUUAAACCACCAGGUAUCAGAAUUUACAACCGAUUUGAAAAUAUUCCUAAAACAGCAGGGACACUAUCAGUCAGGAUGGUACAAAAUGGCACCAUAUUCCCUAUAUAAGAUAUAUAUAUAUAUAAUCUACCGCCCCGUUUAUACGCUAACAUGCGCCUGUUGUCCCUCGAAAAAUAUGCAAAAUAUUUUUUUUCUUCACAUGACCCUCCCCUUGUACCGUAAAAAGAUUUGCCCCCCCCACCUCACCCACCCACCUCAUAGAAUUUACGACGACAAAAUAACAAUAACGACCCUCUGUUUAUAAAUGGGGAUAUCGACGUUGCCACUUAAGCAUGCAUUCAUCGUUGCAACGCAACGCAGGGCUAUGAGCCAGAGGGUUGAGGGUUUCCCGAACACCACGCGCUCACUCUCCCUGCCUGUUUCAUUAGGCCUACGUCACAGAGCCGUCUGCAGAAAACGAUCAGUUGGGGGGGGAUCUGAUUUUCAACAUUCUGAUGCCAUAUUUAUACUAUGAAAUAUAUGCAGCUGAUUUUCCACCAACAGGUUUCUGUGCCAACGCACCACACAACCAAUAAAGAAAGACUACCGGCUUUGUGCGCUUCAAUAUCCAAGUCGAUUGUGGUGUUGAAAACGAAAAUUGUGUAAAACUCGACAAACAGAAAGGUUUACCCAGGAUCAGAGGCUUGACAAUCUCAGAAAGUCGUUCAACAUUUUGGUGUUUUUGUAACAGCUGUCUCUUUCCAUUCAUCAAAUGGCAGAAUGCAGAGAACAAAGCAGCAAGAAUGGUUUUAUUAAGGUGGAGAUGUGGUUCUACUGUUGAGGUCAUGGGUUGUUUUAAGGUGGAGAUAUGGUUCUCCUGUUGCAGUCAUGGGUUGUUUUAAGGUGGAGAUGUGGUUCUCCUGUUGCAGUCAUGGGUUGUUUUAAGGUGGAGAUAUGGUUCUCCUGUUGCAGUCAUGGGUUGUUUUAAGGUGGAGAUAUGGUUCUACUGUUGCAGUCAUGGGUUGUUUUAAGGUGGAUAUAUGGUUCUACUGUUGCAGUCAUGGGUUGUUUUAAGGUGGAGAUAUGGUUCUCCUGUUGAGGUCAUGGGUUGUUUUAAGGUGGAGAUAUGGUUCUCCUGUUGAGGUCAUGGGUUGUUUUAAGGUGGAGAUAUGGUUCUCCUGUUGAGGUCAUGGGUUGUUUUAAGGUGGAGAUAUGGUUCUCCUGUUGAGGUCAUGGGUUGUUUUAAGGUGGAGAUGUGGUUCCCAAGUUUCAGUCAUGGGUUGUUUUAAGUUGGAGAUGUGGUUCUACUUGUUGCAGUCAUGGGUUGUUUUAAGGUGGAGAUAUGGUUUUACUGUUGCAGUCAUGGGUUGUUUUAAGGUGGAGAUGUGGUUCUACUGUUGCAGUCAUGGGUUGUUUUAAGGUGGAGAUGGGCUCUUCUUGUUGCAGUCAUGGGUUGUUUUAAGGUGGAGAUAAAGUUCUUCUUGUUGCAGUCAUGGGUUGUUUUAAGGUGGAGAUGUGGUUCUCCUGUUGCAGUCAUGGGUUGUUUUAAGGUGGAGAUGUGGUUCUCCUGUUGCAGUCAUGGGUUGUUUUAAGGUGGAGAUGUGGUUCUACUUGUUGCAGUCAUGGGUUGUUUUAAGGUGGAGAUGUGGUUCUCCUGUUGCAGUCAUGGGUUGUUUUAAGGUGGAGAUAUGG